AUGUCUUUCCUUCAUAAUCAUUCUUGCGAGUGCGUUAAGUCAGAAUUGGAUUUGUUUGCACUACCGUCUACACAAACUAGCAUUGAAAAUGGAUUGUGGAUUCAUUAUAAACCAAUUUCAUCUCUUGGUGAUGAUGGACCUAUCGAGUUUCAAGUUCCUGGGACCGGCGAUGACUACAUAGAUUUGUCUCAUACAUUACUCCACAUAAAGGCAAAAGUAUUAAAUCAAGAUUCAACUAACUUGGUAUCUACUACAAUAGUAGCACCUGUAAAUAAUUGGCUGCAUUCACUUUUUAGUCAACUUGAUGUUUAUUUAAACCAAAAACUUGUAUCACCACCUAAUAAUACCUAUGCAUAUCGAGCAUACAUGGAAACCCUUUUAAACUAUGCCCCUGCUGCUAAACAAUCUCAUCUUACUUGUAGCCUUUGGUAUGAGGAUACAGCAGGAAAAAUGGAUUCUACAGAUGGUAAAAACAUAGGAUUUGUUAAAAGACAGGAAUUGAUUAGUGAAAGUAAGGAAAUAGAAAUGAUUGGUCAUCUUCACGGUGACAUUUUUAACCAAGAUAAAUUUUUAAUUAAUGGUGUUGAAAUGAGUGUUAAAUUGGUUCGAUCAAGAGAGAGUUUUAAUUUAAUUGUUGGGUCGAACGAUGUAAAGUUUAAAGUUUGCAUUACGGACGCAACUCUUAUUGUGCGACGAGCACGAAUUAAUCCAAGUGUAUUACUCGCACAUCAAAAAGUUUUAGCUUCUACCACUGCUAAAUAUCCUAUUACUCGAGCUGAAGUAAAAGUUUUAACAAUUCCUUCAGGUGUUCAAGGAAAAACUCUUGAUAAUAUAUUUUUAGGACAGGUACCGAAAAGAUGUAUAAUUGGAUUUGUGAACAAUUCUGCAUUUAAUGGUUCCCUUACUAAAAAUCCAUUUAACUUUGAAAACUAUGGUAUUAAUUCUUUCAGCUUAUAUAUUGAUGGUCAACAAAUACCUUCAAAAGCUUUGCAACCAUCUUUUAAUAAUAGCAUAUUUACAUCAGCAUAUCAUACUCUAUUCUCGGGAACUGGUAUUCACUUUCUUAAUGAAGGAAAUGGAAUCUCUUGUGAACAGUAUGGCAAAGGUUACUGUCUAUUAGCAUUUGACUUAACUCCUGAUUUAUCAGCUAACUCAUCAACUCAUUGGAAUCUCAUAAAGCAUGGUAGUGUAAGAAUAGAAGUACGAUUUGAAUCCUCAUUAAUACAAACAAUUAACUGUAUAGUUUAUGCUGAGUUUGAUAAUAUUAUUGAGAUAGAUAAAAACAGAAAUGUUACUGUAGACUAUAGUAGUUAA